AUGCUUGAAUCGCCCUUCCCAAGUUCACGAAAAUGUCAAUGUCUAGAGCCGCCCCAACCCAACGAAACGUCGCAGUCUAGAUCGAAAAAGCAGAGGCUCAACCAUUCGAGUGGAUCUCAAACACCAGCGGCAUUCUGGGACAACUUAUCGAAGAUCUGGUUGACCAAGCGAGCGUUGAGGGAGCUAGACCGAAGAAACAAUCAAGCUGCUCCAAGGCUAUCUGCUAGGUGGAAGGAAAAUUGCCAAAACGUUCAAUAUGCUGUUGACUAUCUUCGCCUCUGCAAGCCGAGGAUUUUGAAAGACAUAAAGUCAUUUGCUAGACACGGUGGUCCAGAUCUGUCGAACGUAAGGAACUUCCCCGAGCCUCUACAUUCGUCGGACUACACAAUGAGCUCGAGACGGUCAAGUUCUAGGAGUCAACAACGGAGUUCUGCAACUACCUCAAGCACUAAGCCUACCACAAAUAUGUCCAAAACAAAGAGCACUGGGGUGUAUGACCGUGACUUUCACCAACACCUUGUCGAUAAUGCGAUUUAUCCUGAUGCAUACGAAUACUCUAAUGGCAGUGUACCUGCUAAGCCAAACAACUGGGAGGAUCUCAAACAAAGAUUGGCACAACCUCGACCGUCUCUCUCACCGUCGCAAUUUUCUGAUGGAGAGUUCGAGAAAUUCAAACGAGCGGAUGCACAUGCCACCAAAGAAAAACAGGUGUCGGAAUUAGUAGUUCCUAUCAUUGAGAGCAAGAUCGGAGAUCCAAAAUGCCGCUCAGGAGGCAUUCCAUUCACUAACCUUGACCCUCUAACGGAUGGCACGCUCAAGCCUGGCAACCCAGAUAUCUACUACGGCACCCGCCCAGAGCAGCUUAGUCGACAAAUCCGCGACAAGCUUAGUGGCCAUAUUAUCCCUUUGACACAGCACGAUCUUCCCCUAGCGCCAAAUUUCUUCCUAGCAGCAAAGGGGCCAGAUGGAUCAGCAGCGGUGGCCAAACGACAAGCUUGUUAUGACAGUGCGUUGGGAGCGAGAGGCAUGCACAGCCUUCAGUCACAUGGAAGAGCCGAACUUGUCUAUGACAACAAUGCAUAUACUGUAACCUCUACAUAUCAUGAUGGCCAGCUCAAGAUGUACACCAGCCACGUAGCUGCACCAAGCACUGCUGGAGGCCAUCCAGAGUACCAUAUGACUCAGCUCCGAUCUUUUGCUAUGACCGACAGUGUGCCCACCUGUCGAGAAGGAGUCGGUGCAUACAGAAACCUACGAGACUGGUGCAAAUAUGAGAGAGACGCGGUGAUUAAGCAGGCGAACGAGAGAGCAAAUCCUGUGGAAGCUGAGGCACCAACUCCUGAUGCAGGCGCUAGCCCAGCUCCAAGCUUUGUGACUGCAGUGUCAGAGACAGAGGCCUACACCAUGAGUCAGGAGUCUUGGACAUCCCUGAAUGAAGGCUCUCAUAUGCCUGAGGGCUUCGAGGAAUCCGAUACUUCAAUAGAGGACGUUGUGGAGUACAAGCUCCCGGCAAAACGUUCCAGUAAGCGUUCAAAGCACCUACAGACACGGCGAAAGCGACGCAAUGCAGAAGGAGCAGAAUGA